AUGGCCCUCCUGUCGCGGCCGUCUCUCCGCUCUGUGCGACGGAACCCCGAUCACUCGGGGAACGACGGUCGCCCUCCGCCGAUGAAGAAGCAGCGAACUCUGGAGGAAUAUGGCUUGCGCCGCCGUAGGAGCUCUCCAGACUGCCUCGACACCACAACCCAGGAGGCUCUCCCGGUCGGCAAAGUUCGAUCCGCAAAUCCUCCCUUGAGCGCCACGCGCCCGCGCACGGCGACGAGACGCGCUCGCGGACACUCCUCUGCCUCGGUGGACUCCAUCGCAUCCAACAGUCAAUUGAAAACACCCGGCCAUUCUCGUGUGAAUGGCAAUGGCUCUGUCGGGUCGCCUCGAGUUCCCGACCGGAAUACCCCCUCUACGAUUUACCAUCUACGCGAUGACCGCGAGUCUCCAGACCCAUUGGAUACAAUCUCUCCAGCACCGACCAGCACCACUAGCAGACCCCGAUCCAGGGCAUCUGCCCACGCGUCCGAACCUGAGACCAAGUCCCUGAAGUCCCCCGCGACCACUCGCAGCACGCGUCACAAUGACCCCGUCAAGACUGAGCCGAUGAACAUAGUCAAGGAAGAGAAAGAAUUGGAGGCACAGCCGGAUAUUACAAGCCCAGUGGCUGCGACCCGAUCGCAUCAAAAACGGAGGAGUGACCUUGACCUUCUUGAGAAUGACCCUGUGCCUGUGACGACAGGAUCAGAGAGGCGAUCCUUGCGCUCAGCAGAUACAGGUUCUCGUAAGAGCGAGCUCGCUCAAUACUUCUACAACUAUGAGCAGAUCAUCAGUCUUGACCCAUCAAAACCUGACACACUUGCGGCCAAUACAAUUGUCACAUUAAUAGAUGACCUCUCCGAGCCAUUACCAUAUCCUUCUACCCCAGACCCCACGCCUUUUGGGAAUCCGCUACAGAAGCUCUACAAUUGUGAGGUGAUCAAACUUCCAAUUCCCAAGUCAAAAUCACCCGAGGAUGACCCCCUCGGCGAAGAAUUAUACUUCCGUGCGCAUCGCCGAUUUGAACGCCAGGAGAAGCAACUGCGCAACAUCGAGCGAGAUCGUGCGCAGCACGAAAAGCAGCAAGUAGACCGUCUACUUGAAGAACUACGCGGCCAAGAUUGGUUGCGUGUAAUGGGAUUACCCGGCGUCCACGAGAGCGAGAAGAAGCUCUACGAGCCCAAACGCCAGAUUCUCAUCCAAGAACUAGUCGCCCUGGUGAACAAGUUCCAAGUCUGGAAAGACGAGGAAAGGCGACGAAAGCUAGCCAAAGAAAAACCACUCCCUUCUGCAGACGCGGAAGUUGAAUCCCGACGUUCACGGAAGCGAUCCCGUCCAGCUGAAGAAGCUGAGGAAAGUUCACUUUCACCUGGAAUUCCACCAAGUACUCCUGACCCUAAUGAUGUGGACGCCUGGGCCGCACGUCAGUUACAUCAGGAAGCCCGCUCAGCUUCGGAUUCGGUGGCCAAAAGCCGAAAAUCGAGCAAGCCCAAGUCGGGGGCUGCAGAUGAGGAUGGUGGAAACCAUCCGACUGAUAAAAGCUCAACCAAGAGACCAAAAGCCCACGAUCCUACAUUCUCUUCUCCACCCGCUGACCCUGUACCUUUCUUCCUUCCUCCGCCUGAUGACAAACCCUUUACCUCUUUCUUCUCCGAUCCUGAAGAACGCGAAGCUGCCCUUUCUGCAAUACCGGAGGGCCGUGAGGAACGCACGAAUCCCAUCUUAGCAUUUGGUCAACCUAUCCCCAAAGUAGCUGAAGGGGAAUUCCAGCCACCAGAGGAACUUCUAACAGAAGAAGCCAUCCAAGCUUCACGGCGACAGCGACGCUUGCUGAAACGGCGGAGUCAUGGGUGA